UUCAUAUUUGUGUGUUUAUAUUGUUUUUUUUGUUGGUGGGUGUGAAUAUUUAUUGAAUCUGAAAAAAACAAUUGAAAGAAAUAAACAAACAAAAUCUGAUUAUAAUGGCAUCUUCCACAAUCAUUGCUGAUGAUUUCGAAAGAAUUACAAAUGAAUUGCGACAAGAAUUUCGUACCGGUCGUACAUUGUCUGUCGCAUAUCGUAAAGAACAAUUACGAAAAUUGCAUCGAUUUCUGGAUGAUAAUCAAAAAUUGAUUAUUGAAACAUUGAAAAAUGAUUUACGAAAACCUUGGUUCGAGACCGUUAUUGUUGAAGUUGAUUUUGUUCUAAAUGAAAUACGUUCAACUUUGGCAAAUAUUGAUCAAUAUUGUCAGAAAAAAUGUGUAGCUAAAUCGAUGACCACAUUGUUUGAUGAUACAUUCGUUCAUCAUGAGCCGUAUGGACUAGUCUUGAUUGUUGGUGCAUGGAAUUAUCCAGUACAAAUUAUUUUGGCACCACUAGUUGGCGCUAUAGCUGCCGGCAAUGUGGCCAUCAUAAAACCAUCGGAAUUGGCACCGGAAAGCUCUCAGCUUAUAGCAAAAUUAUUGCCCAGAUAUUUAGAUAGUCGUUGUUAUCGUGUUGUCACUGGUGAUGCGGAAAAAUCCAAACGAUUAUUGGAAUAUAAAUUUGAUUAUAUAUUCUUUACCGGUUCCGGUACUAUUGGUCGGGCUGUUCAUCAAGCUGCCGCACGACAUUUGACACCAACAACAUUAGAAUUGGGUGGUAAAAGUCCCAUUUAUUUACAUGAUAGUUUACCAUCAUCGGCCAUGAAAAUUGCAUGUCGUAGAAUGAUCUGGGGUAAAAUGAUGAAUGCCGGUCAAACAUGCAUUGCUCCUGAUUAUGUACUCUGUAGCAAUAAAGUUCGCCAACAAUUGCAGCAACAUUUGAUCGAUGUUAUUGAGGAAUUUUUCGGCCAUGAUCCACAAAAGACUGAUGAUUUUGGUCGAAUCGUUAAUAAACGACAUUUUGAUCGGCUUAUCGAUCUCCUGAAUACAUGUUCGGGAAAAAUUUUUUACGGUGGUAAAAUCGAUGCUAACGAUCGUUAUAUUUCACCGACGAUCAUAUUUGAUGUUUCACCUGAUGAUCCAAUAAUGAAGGAAGAAAUUUUUGGUCCAAUAUUUCCAUUCGUAACAAUUCGUACGGCCGAUGAGGCCAUUCAAUUUAUUAAUACACGACCAAAACCAUUGGCCAUAUAUUUAUUUGCCGAAGAUAAAAUUGUAAGAGAUCGUUUCAUACAGGAAACAUCUAGUGGUGCAUUAUGUGUUAAUGAUGUUGUACUUCAUGUUUCAUUGGAUACAUUACCAUUUGGAGGUGUCGGUGAAAGUGGUAUGGGUGCCUAUCAUGGCCGUUAUUCAUUUAAUACAUUUUCACAUCAGAAAGCAGUUCUAGUUAGAGGAUAUAAUGGUUUACUUGAGAUUAUUGGUUCACGCCGUUAUCCGCCAUAUAAUCGUACAAAAUUGGCAAGAUUAUUACGUUUGUUGAAAAAAAGACAACUACCAUUUGAUGAUAUACCUUAUCGAUUGAUAUUAACAGCUAUUAUAUCGUUUAUUUUUGGAUUAUUGGUAGCAUAUAUGUUAAUCGAAUUGUCAUCAUCAUCAUCAUCAACAUUAUCAUCAUCAUGCAUAAUUCCAAAUUUAUGAUUUAAUUUUAUGAAAAAAGCAAAUUUGUGGCUGCGGGA